AUGCUUGAAAACGCUUCGACGUCAAUUAAGCAUCUCUUCGCGACACUGACCGGGUCACGUGCAAGCACCUUCCAUUCAAUGUGCCGUUUCGGACUCACAAAUGACACCAUUACUCGUCCCGUGUCCUUGAGCGACAACUUUGAUGUCAAAAUUGCAGCAUCUGCCAGUAACUUCACGUUUGCAUAUGCCCUGCCAACCCCUUUACAAAGACUACUGAUUAAGCUCCCCAUCAGGCCAGGGGGAAACGCAUCAACAAACUCAGUAACCAACCGCAGCUCUGACUCCCCAGAGGCGCGCCGACACCGCAGCCAUCUGCCAGCCUUCGGUAACAAAGCCGGGAUCGCAAAUAACUCUUCUUGGUCUGCCGGGAUGUCAUCAUAUCCCUAA